GUCUUCCUCUUACCGCCGACCAAAUGGACAACGCCGAGUGCCUGAGGAACAGGAAGGCGAAGAUGGCUGCGGCCAAAGCGGCCAGGGAGGCCGCCGCCCAUGGUGCCGGAUCGUCUGCCUCUGACGCCGCCCGUCGGACUGCAGAUGGUGAGCAGCAUCUGAUUGCCACCCUCCUGAAUGAGGGGGCCAUACCCCAUCAUGCUGAAUCUGCUCUCCCCCCGCCGGUCGUCACAACGAAGGUGGUUCCCAAGAAGGGGGGCGAGAGGGCCCCAGAGAAGAAGCCGAAGAGGGGGCGAGACUGCUCUUCCUCCGGCCCCGUUGUUGAAGAUGCCAACGGUCUCUCCCUGAGCCGGCCGGCGGAAGAGCUUUGGAGGGAGCUUGGGGCCAAGGCCGGCCUCGAACUGGCCCCCCGGUCGUCUUCUGAAGCGACCAGCGCCGCUCUGGCAGCGGCCAUCCAGGGCUGUUGGUGCUGCAAGCCGAGGCUGCCAGGGAGGCCGCCCUGCAGGAGGCGAGGAGCAAGGCUGAUGCCGCCAUAUUGAAGGCUCGGGAGGUCGCCCGUCGGGCAGAAGAAGAGGCUGCCUCAGCCAGGGAGGAGCUUCGGUCCCUUCGGGCUGAAACUGGCGCCCAACUGGCCUGUCUGGAGAAGGCCGGCUUCAAGCUUAUGCCGGUGCUUCCGGCCCCCAAAGGUGCUAUCCCGGAAUGGUGCGUCGAUACCUCCGGCUACCGGAAUACUGGCGAGUUCAUGGACUCGGCCAAGGAUUUCUGCGCUGGGGCCUUUGGAGACGUGUUCUCUCAUGCCCUGGAGAAGGUCCCGGCGAAGGAUCGUCUGAAAUACGGCGUGCGGCG